AUGGAUUCUAACUCCGAUAUUCACAUUGGUCAACUAUUGUUUGAAAAAAUGAAAAUUCACAAAGAUGCGGUGUGCCAGAUCGAUGCAGCUACAGGAGAAGAGGAAUCUUACGCAUCUGUGUUAUCACGUUCUAUCCGGAUGGCUAGGUCUUUAAGAGCUUUCGGAUUAAAGCCUGGAGAUGUUGUUGCUUUUGGAGGAAGGAACCACUUGGACAUACAUAUCCCAUUCUAUGCUUCUCUCUUCAAUGGUUUGCCGAUUGUUGGCGUCGAUCCAUUUUACAAAUAUGAUGAAGUUCGUACCAUGUUUAAGUUGACUAAACCAAAAAUAGCAUUUUGUCAAAGUGAAUCUUACGAGAUAUAUUCACAAGCGGCUAAAGAUCUAAAACUCGAUACAAAAAUAGUUGGUUUCGAUGGAGGUGAAUGCACAUUUUCAGAAUUUAUGGAUACAUGUGUUGCAAAUGAGCCCGAAGAAAACUUUAAAGUAGCAGAGUUCGAUGUAGACAAAAUAUACGCCUUUUUAGUGAGUACAAGUGGAACGACCGGUAAAGUGAAAGUAGCAGCAUUUAAUCACAAGCCCUUCGCGAUGAAAUUGACGUGGCUUAUGCAACAGUACAAUUAUGACAAACAGCCGAAAAAGGUAGUGCUUAAUUUAUCACCAGUGAAUUGGAUAUCGAACUUCUUUAUGUCAGUGGGCAAUCCGUUGAUUGGAGAUACAAAACUUCAGAGCUCGAUACCAGAUAGCUACGAACACAUAAUUGAUAUUAUAAAUAAGUACAAACCAGUACAGGCCUUAUUCAGUCCGCCAUUAGUGACGUAUCUAGUAAGCAAGAAAGACAAGGUGGACCUGACAUGCUUCAAAAAUAUUGGUAUCGCUGGUUCAAAAAUUUACCCAGGAGUUAUGGCCCAGUUUAAGAAAUUAUUAGCUAAAGAUGCCAUAGCAAUGGAGGCAUACGGUCAAACGGAAACGAUGGGGUCAGUCCUGGGUCCUAACCCUAAGGGGCCAAGUGAUAGUUGUGGAAGGCCGCUUCCCAUUUAUGCAAUCAAGUUAAUGGACCUUAAAACAAGUUUGGAAAUUAUAGAACCAUACAUUACCGGAGAACUUUGGGCAAAGGGACCAAGGUUUACUGAAUACUACAAUGAUCCCGAGGAGACUGCGCAAGCGUUUACAGAAGAUGGUUAUUUCAAAACUGGAGAUCUAUUAUACAAAGACGAGAACAACAACUAUUUUUAUGUAGAUCGACUUAAAGCAUUAAUCAAGUACAGGAACUCCCAUGUUAUACCGAUGGAGCUAGAAAAAUUAAUAAGCACAUACCCAGGUGUAAAACAUGUAUGUGUCGUCGGUAUUAAAGAUCCCCUUGAUGGGGAAAGACCCGUGGCUUGUAUUGUGAAAGAAAAUGGCACCAAUGUCAGUGCUCAAGAAAUAAAAGAUCUUGUUGCAAAUAAACUAUCUAAAAAUAAACAACUGCGAGGUGGAGUUGUUUUCCUCGACAGCUUGCCAUUUACGUCAUCACAAAAAGUGUCUCGAAAUAAACUGCAAGAAAUGGUGGCAAAUAUGGAACGGGAAUAAACGUCUGACUACUGGCCUGUUUGCGUAAUUGUAUUUCGUAAAUGUUAGAUAAAAAAUGUAUUCCAUUAUUAAAAUGUAAAUGAAUGUGUAAUUAAAAUGUUUAUUUAUUUUUUAUGUAUUCAAUUUCCGUUACAAUAUUGCUUAUGUUAAUAUAUUUUGUUGCAUUAUAUAA